AGCUAAUGGCGAUCUUCGAAUGGCGACAGAGAAGACGGCCACUCGACGGCGGAGUAACUCGCCGCCGUCAUCUCUUCAGGCCUUUAUAUUCGAGAAAACUCAAGAGAAUGAUUCUCUUCGCUGUGGUCUUCUUAGCCAUCUUUCCUCCUCUCUUCUUCCAUCUCAAGCUACGACGAUUUCGCCAGAUCGUCGCAAGGAAGUGCGAUUGGCUUCACCGUCCUCCACUUGUCUGCGCUCACGGCGGCGAUUCCACCCGCGCUUUCCCCAACACUAUGGAUGCUUACAGUUACGCUAUCCGUUCUCAAGUUGAUUGUAUCGAAGUCGAUGUUUCUCGUUCCUCCGAUGGUGUUUUAUUCGCUCUUCACAACAGUCAGGGAUCUGCAGCGUAUUGCUCGUAACUCUUCUGUCCAAGUUGGAGAUCUGAGUAUGAAACAGAUCAAAGAACUCGAUGUCUCACAAAUUGUAAGAGGGACCUUGGGCAAUCGUAGGAUUCCUACCCUUGAAGAUGCUUUAGCGGUGAUAUCAAAUUCAGUUCGGCAAGUGAUUCUUGAUGCUAAGGUCGGGCCACCAAUGUAUGAAAAAGGGCUCGCGCAAGAUAUCCUUUCUGUUAUUGAGAAAGCGCAGUGCAAGAAUUGCAUUGUGUGGGCCAAAAGCGACAGUUUGGCUAGGGACAUAAUCAAACAAGCUCCAGAUAUUACAGUGGGAUACAUUGUGAUGGUGGAUCCUUCGACUGGGGUGAGAAACAACCUGCUGAGAAUGAAGGGAGCUAGGGUUGUGGGAGUGUAUCAUCCCUUGACCGAUGAAAAAUUGGUUAGAGCUGCGCAUCGGAGAAACAAAGAGGUUUAUGCGUGGACUGUGGAUGAUGCUGAUCCAAUGAAAAGAAUGCUUCAUUUAGGUGUGGAUGCAGUUGUUACGAGCGAUCCAGCUAUGUUUCAGGGUCUCAUGGAAGAUCUUAGAACUGAGUGUCUUGAAGAAGGCUUUUCAAUACGGACAUGAUAAAUUUCUGGUUCGAGAAACAGAAAACUGAUAUUGGAAUCACCGUAGCAAUUUUUAGUACUUUUCAC